AUGUUGGAAUUGCCACCAGACUGGUCUGUACAGUCAAAGGAUUUGGUGGUAUGGCAGUACAAGGAGAAUGAAUAUCUGAUAAGACCUGGUGAUAAAGAUGAAAGCGUCAUUAUUGUUUUGGAAGGAAUUAUCGCAGUUUACAUAAGCCAUACCGAAGGCAAGGAACACAUGGUUCGAAAAAUUUCUGUUGGUGACAGCUUUUUCAGUCUUCUCUCGGUGCUUGAUGUCUUCAUGGUAUGUUUGGGAUUGCUUCCUUCCACUCUCCAAAAAACAUUAGCAGUUCUCCGGGCACUAAUGAUUAUGAGGACUAAUCGUUUUAUCUACAUCAAAUUCUCAGUGACAAUUAUAAGAAGUUUUGAAGGUGUAAUAUAUUAA